CCUUCCCAAGAAAAUGCUGACAUGGCAAAUAACUGUAUUAUCUUAACCAACCUAACUAAUUCCAAUUACAAAGAAACCCUCACAAACGAUCAAAGAUUCUUCCAAGUAUCAAAGAUAACUGUAUUAUCUUAACCAACCUAACUAAUUACAUGCAAUAACUUCGCUUUCAGCCCCCAACUCUUGAAUGUUAAAAGGCUAAAAGCCACACUCACCGCUUCAUCAACCUUCCACAAGAUUUCUGCUUAAACCCCUAUUUUUCUUUUUCUCUUCAAAACCCAUCAAUCUCCUCCAACAAAACCCACUUCCCAGAAUUCAGAAAAACCCAAUUCAGUUCAUCAAGAUCUCUGCUUUUUUUGCUUCUCCAAUGUCGACUUCUUCUUCUCACCAAGAAAACCCUGAACCCAAGAAAGUCCAAUUCCCAUUGGACUCAACUGCGUACCAAAUCCUCGAUGAAAUUGGCUUCGGCGUCAGCGCUGUUGUUUACAAAGCCAUCUGUUUGCCGAUGAACAACACAAUCGUGGCAAUCAAGUCCAUCGAUCUCGAUCAAUCCCGGGCCGAUUUCGACAACAUUCUAAGUGAAACCAAGACGCUCUCUCUUCUUUCACACCCCAAUAUCCUCAGUGCCUAUUGUUCUUUCACUGUGGACCGUCAUCUUUGGGUCGUCAUGCCGUUCAUGUCCGCCGGGUCUCUCCAAUCCAUAAUCUCCUCUGCUUUCCCCGACGGCCUACCUGAGCCCUGCAUUGCCGUCCUCCUCAAGGAGACACUGAACGCCAUGUGGUAUCUUCAUGACCAAGGGCACCUUCACAGAGACAUCAAGGCGGGUAAUAUCUUGAUUGCCUUCAAUGGGUCGGUUAAAGUUGCAGACUUUGGGGUUUCUGCAUCUGUUUCUGAGGCCAAUUUGAGUGGAGAGUCUUCGAUUCGGUUAAACGAUGUUGCUGGGACGCCGUAUUGGAUAGCGCCGGAGGUGUUACACUCGCACAACGGCUACGGAUGCAAGGCGGAUGUAUGGUCUUUUGGUAUCACAGCUCUGGAAUUGGCUCAUGGGGGGCCUCCUCUGUCUAACUUGCCUCCUUCAAAGUCUCUGCUUUUGAAGAUCAUGAAGAGGUUCCACUUUUCGGAUUAUGAAAAUCAUCAGGACAAGAAUUACAAGAGCAAGAAGUUCUCUAAGGCCUUUAAGGACUUGGUGGGUUGUUGUCUUGAUCAAGACCCGAACAAGAGGCCCACUGCGGAGAGGUUGCUGAGGCACUCGUUUUUCAAGAAUUACAAGGGCUUGGAUUUUCUGGUGAAGAAUGUGCUUCUGGGUUUGCCCAGCGUUGAGGAAAGGUUCAAGAAAACCCAGGGUUUGGGUGGGCUGAUGAAGGAGAAGGGUAUUAAUGCUGAGCAUGGUGAGGAUGAAGAGGAAGAUGAUGAAGGUAGCUCAGCGAGGCAGAGGGCUAAGCACAGAAGGAUUAGUGGGUGGAAUUUCAAUGAGGAUGAGUUUGUUCUCGACCCUGUGUUCCCAGUUGAGCCUGAAGGCGAUUCUGGGGUGAAAAUGGUUCGGUUUGGUGGAGAAACCAUCAUCCAGGACAGGGCAGGUGAGUGGAGUGAGUCGAAUCCGAGUUCACCGGGUCGGGUUGGGGAGGAGGCCAAGAGUGAGAAUGUGGGUGUGAUAGGAGCUGAGAGGGAAGCAAUGUCGGUGGGUGAGCAUAGUGAGAAUGUGGGCGAGACAGGGGGAUUGUUGGGUGGUGGUGGUGUUGAUGUGGAAGCCCUGGUGGGUGCCCUGAGUGGAAAUGUGGGCGGUGGUUUGUAUGGGGAAAUAAUGUUGGGUAAGCUGGCGGAUUUCAUAGGGAGCUUGGAUCAGCAGAGGCAGCAAAUUCUGACAUUGUUUGGCAUGGUGAGAGGGGUGGAUGCUAGGCAGGUGAUCAGAGAGGAGGAGAUGGGGCAAGUGAUUGAGAGGCUGAGGGUGGAGUUGGAGAACGAGAGGGAGAGGAAUUUCCAGUUGGAGAUGGAAUUGGAGUCUCUAAGGAUUCAGGUUUCUGGUGCACAUAGCAGCACUGGGGCUGGUAUUGAUUGA